AUGACCCGCCGCUGCGCGCUGCUCGCCUGGGCCCUCCUCGCCGUCCUCAGCCUCGGAGAGGCUCAAGAAGCCUCGGUAAGCUGCAUCCCCAUCGUGCCCCGCAGAGAGUGGAAGGCCCUGGCGUCCGAGCGCAACCAGCGCCUAAGACGGCCCGUGCGCUACGCGGUGGUGUCGCACGCAGCGGGCAGCGCCUGGGACACCCCGGCCUCUUGCCUGAAGCAGGUCCAGAACGUGCAGCACUACCACGUGCGGACGCUGGGCUGGUGCGACGUGGGCUACGACUUCCUGAUGGGAGAAGACAGGCUCCAGUAUGAGGGCCGGGGCUGGAACACCUUGGGCGCCCACUCAGGUCCCACCUAGAACCCCAUAUCCCUCGGCAUCUCCUUCAUGGGUAACUACAUGGAUCGAGUGCCCCUGUCCCGCACCAUCAGGGCAGCCCAGAGUCUGCUGGCUUGCGGCGUGGCUCAGGGAUUCUUGACUCCUAGCUACGAGGUCAAAGGACACCGGGAUGUGUAGAAGACUGACCAGCUCUACGAAAUCAUCCAGCAAUGGUCGCACUACCACCGCGUGUGA